CCUACUUAUUUGAUAAUCACUCAAUAACUACUAAAAAUAAUAUAGAGAAAUUGGAUUCUCCUGUUGCAAUCCUCGUGAAAAUUUGAAAGAUCCCUGUUCUCCAUUAUUAACAACACUAAGAAGGACACGCACAUCAUCGUAAGCGUCGAGAACUCCUCUUAAUCCCUACUUUCCUCUUAAUCCCUACUUUCAUAAGACCCCAGUCAAUUCUAUCAUAUGCCUUAAUAUAUCAAUUUAAAUAGAACACCGCCAUUUUUUUUUCUUAAAGGGAACGGGGAAGUCAUGUCCAGUCGUUGUUGUAAGUAGCUGUAAAAAACCUGGUUGUGCCUUCAAAACCGAGCCUUAGUCGUUGUUGGAUGACACUCUCCAAAAACAUGGUUUUGUGAAAACCAAGUUCUGCUACCAUUUGUACCUCUAACUCCCUUCUGCUUAACCAACCUUGUGGCAAUAGUAAUAAGGGUCACAGACAUUGCAACAGCACAUUUUAAUGUCAUUCAUGGAGCGAUAGGGAGGAAUAAAGGGUAUGAAAAGAUCCCAUAGGUGGGCAUCCUAGCCCUCGAUUCUUCUAUAUGCUUCAUUUCGUAUCCGCUCUAGACCCAAAUGACAUGACAUAUGGAGAAGUUGAAGAAUGCCCAAUCUCCGAAGAACUUGGGCCUUAUUUCCUGCAACUGCAAAAGUUCUUCUGGUCGUGCCCUCUCCCGAGGUGAGUCUUUUCCAACUACACUGAGAGUAAGGGGGCCUUUACUUCUAAUCCCCGAAAAGGGCUUUAGUGCAGUACGCAUAUGGACAGUUGUCUGAGGCAUUCAAAGGGACCCAUGGUGAGACAUGAUGGGCAUAAGCCAUGCAUCUUUCUUCUUCAGUAUCAAAUGCCAUUCGGUUGAAAUAUGACUUGAUGGUCAGAUAUCAUGGUGGUUUUAAAUCUUCAGAAGGCUGGACCCCUGUACUUGGCGAUACUUCCUAUACAAGAUUCCUGCAUCCUUUUGUCCCUACAACUUGCUCCCAUCACAUCUGAUUCAAAGUUGAUUUGUACUUAUGAUUCAGGUUGCCAACUUAAAAAUGCAAGUAUCUAGAUUUCAAAAACUGAUGCAGACCUGACUGGACUGGGACGGAAUCAGAUUUUAACGGGAAGAAUUCAUACGAAAUGAUCCUGAUAGAACGUGUUUGUAGACUUAGACCUGAAGAGAAUAACUAUUCUUAGGAAAAUAAAGAAAAUGAUGAUUGACAGAAAAUGGACCUUCACAUGCUGCAAAAUAUCACCGAAACGAGCAGGGGAAUUUUAUUUCUUCUUUUUCAAGACAAUGACAAGCCAAGCGAGAUCUGAGCUGCAGAUAUCAACUACUGAGGUCUAACUUCUAAGAGUUUGUAUUUGCUUUCUUGAAAGGGUACUCGGAGAAUUUGUUGAUCCUAUUGAAGAAACGGCCUUGAUUAGUCCACAUUACCUCAGCAAAUGCAAUAAGAAAGUGCAAUGCAUUUAGACACUUUGGCUUGAUGAUAUUCUUGUAACUAAAUUGGAUGCAAAAGCAAGUUUCUUUAGGGGAUACCCAUUUCAGUGCCCAAGUUGGAGAAGCUUACUUUGCAUCUUACCCAUUUUACUGCCCAAGUGAAGAGACUUAAUUUGCGUCUGAUUUGGUCAAGAAAUAUAAGAAAGCCUUUUGAGAUAUACAAAUGAUAUUCAAACACCCACCAUCAAAGAGAUUCUGAUUCUUCCAAUUCAUUUAUUUUUUAUGUGCUUUGCAAUUCCGUAGACCUCCUUAUAAAUAGCCUCAACCUGCAAAGCUUUGUCAAACAUAACCACCAUUCCUCCUAUAGGUUCUUCCUGAGCUUGUUUGUGGGUUUCCUGACCACCUUCUAGAUAAAUUGAUGGCUUCCAGUUCUCUGAGUUCAUCCUCAUGGACACAAAAGCAGAACAAAUCUUUCGAGAGGGCACUUGCGGUGUUAGAUAAAGAUACACCGGACCGGUGGAAGAAUGUGGCAGCCAUGGUUGGAGGGAAGACACCCGAGGAGGUGAAGCGUCAUUACGACCUACUAAUGGAUGAUUUAAGGCGUAUUGAAUCGGGUCAGUGGCCAGGCCCAAGCUACAGGUCCUCCUCUGCUACCAACAGCAGUAGCAGGUCGAGGAACUCUGGCUCAACAGAUGAUGAUCACAGGCUUCUUAUGCAUCUGAAAUUGCAGCGACAAUGAAAAGCUGAAAAAUGAGAAAAGGUAGUAUAUGAUUAAACGCGUGGCUGGAUUAGUAGCUGGCAGUGACUUCAUCCCUCCAUCUCUUUGGUUUAGCUGUUAUGCAAAAGUUCUGCUUUAUAUGGUCCAUGUAUGUACAGAAACAGUGUUCUCUCCCAUAAAAAGAAAUUGUAUCUUAAUUAGUGUUUAAUCUGGUUGAAGUUAAGUUUAGAUGCUGAA